CGUUACCCGGCCCCAAGAGGCUGGCCCAGAGCCAGCAGGCUCUGGCUUCAGGCCCGUGCCCGGUGCCAGCCAGGCCUGUCGGGGCAGCUGGAGCACCGCUGCCAACCAGGUGCAUCUCCGUGAGCUUCCAGGCCCUGACGCGGCAGGUUCUGCCUUCCCGCUCCCCGUGGUGCGGCACCCAUCACAGCUGCCCAUGGCAGGACAGAGGGUUGCUGGCAGAGCAGCUGAGAGGCCCAGGUUCCGGGCAAGGCUUUGUCAGCCACUGGCGUGUGGCUUGGGGAUGGCUACACCGGGAGCUUCCUGCAGACAGCUGCCCCCAUCCUGCCCGGGCCACACUGCGAAGAGGGGUGGUCAGCUAAAGGCCACACUUUCUCAAGUGUCCACUGCUCCUGCACGUUCUAGGGUUCCGACGGCCACGGGCAUGAUGCUUCAAGUCCUGGUGGGGGCUGUUCUCCCCGCCUUGCUGCUGGCCGCCCCACCGCCCAUCAACAAGCUGGCCCUGUUUCCAGACAAGAGUGCCUGGUGCGAAGCCAAGAACAUCACCCAGAUUGUGGGCCACAGUGGCUGUGAGGCCAAGUCCAUCCAGAACAGGGCGUGCCUAGGACAGUGCUUCAGCUACAGCGUCCCCAACACCUUCCCGCAGUCCACAGAGUCGCUGGUCCACUGCGACUCCUGCAUGCCGGCCCAGUCCAUGUGGGAGAUUGUGACCUUGGAGUGCCCCGGCCACGAGGAGGUACCCAGGGUGGACAAGCUGGUGGAGAAGAUUGUGCACUGCAGCUGCCAGGCGUGUGGCAAAGAGCCGAGUCCCGAGGGGCUGAACGUCUACGUGCAGGGCGAGGACGGGCCCGCCGCCCAGCCUGGCCCCCACCCUCACCCCCACCCCCACCCCCACCCUGCCGGGCAGGCCCCUGAGCCCGAGAGUCCCCCGGGGGCCCCCCACCCUGAGGAAGAGGGGGCUGAGGACUGAGGCCCCCAAGUCUUCUCCCCUCUCGUCCCCUGUGGCAUGUUGGGUCUCACCCUCCGGGGAGGAGUUGGGGGAGAGGCAGGAGCCCCCCCUUGGCACUGGAUGGACUUGGAUUGAGACUUGGACUUGGAAUGCUUCCUGGUUGCCGUGGAGAUCCGAGGAGGGUGGGAACCCAGUGACACAAUUUAAUAUAUUCAAGGGGGGGGGAAGAAGCAGAGGUCUUCAGGGUUCUUUAUCGGAGGGGCUUCUCUUCCUCUCCUCCUCCUAAUGAUGUGCCCUCGGGACCGUGAGGAAGGUGGCUGAACUGCUGAGGCAGGGUGAGGCCCCUCGAGAUGGCAGAGACAGGCUGAGGCCCAGCCCUGGUGGGCCAGGGCCGCUGGGUGCAGACGGUGGUGCCGGCCCGAGCUGAGGUGGGCUGCUUCCCAGCGCAUCAGCAGAAGCAGGGUCCCUAGCCCCUGAGGCUUCCCAGAGGCCUCCCACCUGCUCCCCAAGGCUGGGUUAGCUUCUCCUCAGUGCCACCAAGUGCCCCCCUUGAUGGCGUGGCUGGGAGUCAGGCCCGGGCAGGACCCUGCUGACUCAUGGCCCUGGAGGUGGGAGCCAGGCUUUGGGCCUCUCCCGUUUCUGUGGCUUUCUGAGGGUGGGGGAGCGGGGGAGAGGAGGGAGGUGCCUUCCUGACCAGGGGGCAGGGGUGAACCCCCACCACACCAUCCCUGCAGAAGAACAGUGCUGCAUCCCACUCAGAGCCUCAUACCCCACUGCCCCCCAAAUUCUAGCCCCCCCCCCCAUGGAGCUGAAAGAGCCAGCCUCACCCCUGGGCUGCUCUUCCUGAAUACCUGCAAGUCUGGAGGGGGGCGCCUCUUCCCAGAGGUUUCAAGGCGGACCUAGGUUGGAUGGAUUCUGGCUGUGCCCCCAGAGGAGGGAGGGUGCAGGCUCUUGGGGGUGGGGUGUUCACUGCAUUGUGUGGCAGCCAUGGAGCUAUCCAGUCUCACCCGCCCCCCCACUGCCAGCUGCACUUUACACGGGGGUGGGAGCCCCGGGGAGGAGGGCAAUGAAGGCCACCCCUCGGCCACGUGCCCGCACCCUCUGUGAUUGAGCUGGGUCCCACGAGGUUCUACACGGCAGGUCUGGUGGCUCCCAGAACUGCCUGCUGGCCCUGCCAGGCUCCUGCUUGGGGGCCCUGGCAUCAACUUCUGACAAGAGCUUCUGGAGCUUGUAACCAAUAGAUUGUCUCCCUGACGGACCCUGAGUUUUCUCAUGAAUAAACUCAUUCAAUGCCUGGUC